AUGUCGUUUAAAUAUUACAGUAGUCAGCUCACAACUUUCUAUUGUUCCCUUUCUGGUGGAAUAAGUAUGCACGGACAAGACAGGUUAGGAUAUAUUAGUCCGUUUCGUUCAGACAAUACAUAUCCUGAAUUUGAGAUUUCGGAUGAGAAGGAAUUACUUGCUGUCAGAUGGUUUAUUAAUAAAGACGUUGAUGGUAAACAGUUUACAGCCAAGGUAACUUGCCUAAUACAUCCAAAUGGGAAGAUAAUGUUGUAUUAUGAUAACAUUCCAACGGAAAUUAAAGAAGUUGAAUGGAAACCGAAAAUCGCCGGUAUAUUUGGAUGUGGAGGAAGAAAUAUUCAGGAAACCGAUACUCCUCGUGAAACUCAAAUUUAUAUCGUUUAG